CACUGGAAAAAAUUAUCGGAUUAUGGUGGUAGUGUUUUUUCAGAUUUCGGAAUGGUUGUAUUUCGAGGCGACCCUUGUGGGGUGAUUUGUAUUUUGAUAACUUACACUGCUGUUUUUUAUGCCGACUAUGUUGUUGUACGACAUUUGGUUAUUCCAACCAUGGCUGAAAGUAUGUGGGGAGCUGUAAAUGUUGUGUUUUUCAACAUGAUUGUAUUUUUAUUGACUAUUUCACAUCUACGGGCUGUAUUAUCAGAUCCAGGAAUAGUUCCUUUACCAUCCACAAGUAUGGAUUUUUCGGAUCAUCAUGCUGGAAAUCCUGUCCAAUCGAAAGAUGGCUGGACAGUAUGUAUAAAAUGUGAAACAUAUCGACCUCCAAGAGCACAUCAUUGUCGAGUCUGUCGUCAGUGUAUCAGACGAAUGGAUCAUCAUUGUCCAUGGAUAAAUAAUUGUGUUGGAGAGUUUAAUCAGAAGUUUUUUAUUCAGUUUUUAUUUUAUGUGGGUUUGUUGAGUGUUUAUGCUUUUGGGUUGACUAUAGCUGCAUGGAUCAUAGACCCAGGAUCUCCAAAAGAACUAAAACAUACCAAAUUAAUACAUUCUGUUAUAUUAGUGAUUGAGUCGAUUCUGUUUGGUUUGUUUGUUGUUGCUAUCGGCUGUGAUCAGAUAUCCUCAAUUCUAAAUGAUGAAACAUUAGUAGAACAAGUUAAGAAAGAUUCAAAUUCAUACAAAAGACAACCGAAAUCCAGGAUGGCAUUAUUUCAAGAGGUCUUUGGACGUGGUCAUCCUUUAUCAUGGUUAUGUCCCUUGCAAUUUAAUCCAGUGAACAGACAAUUACAGUCAUCAUUCGAGGUCUGAUCUAAAAAUAAAAACCAAAGACAAAUACAUCAUAUCAGCUGAACAGUUGAGCAAUCAUUUCUUGUAUUUUAAUGUUUAUUUCAUUUCUUUUUAUAAACUUAAUGGUAAUUGUGUGGAUUCAGUGAAAUAACUAUUGUAGACACAUAUUCAGUUUUGGGAAUAGGCAGGGUGGGUAACCUUUCUAAGGCAACACAAAUAAAAUAAGUUGUUUCUCGGGCACCGCCCGCACGCAAAAUUGGUUGCGCGUGCGGCCUAUUUAUUAGUCUUGAUGAAAAAUAAAAAAUAUGUAACGCCCGCCCGAACAUCGAUAAGCAAGUCAUAAAAAAAAUAUGCCGCAUGUAUCUACAUGCCCCAUUCGUGAAUAUCCAUUCAAAUGUAUUAAACUGAUUCAGAUGUAAACGCUCAUUUACGGGUCUUUUUUAUUGAUAUCGAAAGAACCUCCAUUUUUGUAUCACGUGAUUUUAAUUACCUCCCCUUGUGAACUAGAAUUUGAUUCGUGUUAAACACCGAAAGUCAUUGACAACAAUGCAAUGUAAUUCAAUCAUUCGAUCUUAAUCGGCUCAUUAUUGCCGGCUUCAGUCGGUCCAUGUUUGAAAAAAUCCUACUUAUAAAACAAUGAAUCGUAGAACAGGUUAAUUAUUAUAACUUGUGGCUACGAAUACGAUACGAUGAUAGUCACCAUACCUUAGUCAGAAUCUGGGUCAUUAGCACGUUUAACGGUAGUUUUGAUAAUCCGGAAAAUAAUAAUUGGAUUACACAUUUGAUGGUUUUACUGACGAGUUGUUAGUUAAAUUUAAAUAGUCAUUCGAUAUAAACCCCAGAUAGAACACCGAAUAUGCUGAGAAACACACCAAAUAUCCUGAGAAACAGUCAUUUCACGAAUCCCGAUGACACGUGACAUGCAUUGGUUGGAAUUAGGUCAAUCAUUAUAAACCAGCGAUACUAGAUUUAGAUCGAAGUGUCGUUUACCGUGAUGAUUAUUUUUGAUACACAUGCUGACAGAGGCUUACUCUUUAAAAUAUUGUCGUUAUUAUGGACAGCUAUUAAUAGUCGUACGGAAUUUUAUUUUAAACCAAUUUCAAUUAUGGUUGUCACCAUUACCAUUAGUAAGCUACAUUACGUGAAUUAAAUAUGGAAAAUUAUUUUCCUUUCAGUCAGUGUUCAGUGUUUGAGUAGACUUGAUUUUUGGAUUUAUGUUCUAAGUAUGUAUAAUAUAUAACUGAAAGCAAAACCGUAGACAAGUAAUGACUUUCUCAUUAAAAAAAAAAAAAAAAAUACAAGGCCGCCCUCCCGCCCCAACAAUUUUCAACAAUAGGCAAAUUUUAUUUUGCACCAUCCUCUAGCCAGAAAUGAGAUAAAAAAAAAAAUAAACCGCCCUCCCCCCCCUACAGUUUCAGCUGUCAGUUGCCCGAGAAACAAGACAUUUAUUUUGUGUAGCCUAAAGUUGAAAGAUUUUUUGUUUUAUUUUGUGGUUUCAAACAUUAUUUGAUAGGAGUCAAUGAAAGACUAGAAAACAUUUUUGACAAAACUUAUUCAGGUUAUUCAAGUAAAACUCCCAACUAUCAAUUUUAAAUUUAAUUUUUUUUUUACAAUAUUGAUAUAUUUCAUGUACUGUAUAAUAAAAAUAUUGGUACAUUUCAUAUACUGUACCUCGAACUCAUAUUCAUAAAUAUACAAAACCGCAUUAUGUUAGAGCUGGGUGAUAUUUCAUUUUUUCGAUAUAAAAAUGUCAAAAGAAAUAAAAACCAUCAAAUAUACUGUCUUAAAAAAAAUAUUGAAAAAACGAACAUACCGAUAUAUAUCACGGUUUUGAUUUUCUGGAUAAUAUUUAACAUAAAUAUUGAAAAAUGACUUCCUUUUAAUGUUAUUUAUGAUAUUUUAUUGCUUUGAGAUGAAUAAAUACUGUUAGAUAAACUGCAGACUAUUCAUUCCAUGAAGUUUGCAAACACCGUUAAAGAGCUUUGUUUUCGUCACAUGACUUCUCGCUCACUUUUCCACUUGAGGAUACUGUAAGAAUUAUCCUUGCUUCUGUUCAAUUUCAAUGCAUCUUGACGAAUUGUUUAUACGGAUACUUUGAUUUUCCAAAGGAGUCAUUGAGUUUCUGAUUGAAACAAAUUUUUAAUAAAGCAGAAAUAUAAAUAUUGAAACUAUAUAGAGUGUACCAAUAGACUGAUUAUCAUUCACCGUUGGAAGUGUCAUGGCGGCCCGUGUUCCAAAAAGUCGCUCUUUGGCAAAAUCCGUGGAUACUUUUUGACAUAGUAUUUACGUUUUAUUUAUAGUUUAACUCAGUGUAUUGUGAAGCAUAUGCUUGUAUGAGAAAAAUGAGUUUGCAAGGGCAAGUGAAUAUGCACGGCCUCCUUCAUAUGUAAAUAUUCUUAAUUUUUUUUGUGCCUCCUUCAUAUGUAAAUAUUCUUAAUUUAAAUCAAAUAUCAUAAUUAAUAUAUUGGAAAUUAUAAUUGUAAUAAACAAUUACAACAUAAACCGACAUUGUUUGCAAGUCUUCAUGGCUAUAUAUACAUAUUAAAUUUACAGCUCAUUAAAUUUUGUUUGUAAAUUUAGUACUUGUAAUAAUAUUGUCUAGAAAAUGUCAAGUGAAUACUCCGGGGGUAUUUCCAACUUUUUAAACAUGUCUAUUUACAUUUAAAAGGUGAUAAACUGAAAUUAUUGACAUUUUCUGAAAAUAUCGCGAUAUCUAUUUUCAAGGAUAUUGCCCAGCUCUACAUUCUUGUCAUAAUUUGCCAUCAUUAAAUACAAGAAAUCAUAACAAAUCACAUUUUACCAAGAAGAGCAGAUAAUCUUGAAAUCAAUAUAAUUAAAUUUCUAAUUGGUAGUUUUUCAAAAUGCCAUUAUUUGCGAUAAGGAGUUCAUCCAAUUUCAGAUACACAUAGCAAAAAGGCCUAAAACUGAACUGAAUAGCCCAAAUUGGCUUCUAUAAGUCUGUUGAAAUUAAAUUAACAUAAUUAUAGGAUACAUAGUUCUAAUUGGCAUUUUUUAAUAUGCCCUUAUUUAUAGUUAGGAGUUACUACACAUAGCAAAUGGCCUUAAAACUGAUAUUGUCACAAUUGGCUUCCAUAAUUCUGUUUUACAGAUUUUAUUAUUUUCAAUACAGUGAAUUUUAAACUGAUUAACAAGGACUGCUUUCUAUUUGUAAUGUCAUUUUAAGUUUUUAUAAAUAAGAAUUUCAUGCAAUGUUUUAUUUUUUUAUUUCAUUGUUUUUAACACCAAUCAAAAAUUCUGUUGAAGGUCCCAUAUCCUGAGCUACAACAGCGUAAGAUUUUAUUCUUGACCUUUAGUUAAAUUUUACCAAGUUUUGAAAUAUGAAUGGACACAGUAGAAUAAAUGCUGUGAUUAAAGUUGAUUUGCUUAGAUAUAGGUCAGUGUUCCUGUUAGUGGGAGUCUGUUUUAUUUUCUGUACUGAGAUUUUAUCUCCAAAGACUUGUCAUCAGCUAAAGUAUCUUCACAUUAUUAUUUAGAUCUAAAUCCUUACAUACAGCAUAUGAUUGUUAAGCCUAAUAAGGUUGUUGCAUGUCAUUCCUCAACAUAAAUCACUUUGAAUUAUUGAAAUAGUUGUUUAUAGCAGUUACAAAUUAUUAAUUAAUGUUUAUUAUUAUAUGUUAUAAGGUAUCUUUCAAUAUAUAUUUUAUUAACUCAAGCAUUGUGAUGUGUUAUUUAUUAUUUUAGAGAUAAUAAAGGCUGGAAUCAGUUUGUUUUCUCAAUAUUUUAAGAAUAGAUUUAAUUGGGGUGCCAAAUCAGGAAGGCGCUAAAAUAAACUGGUUCUUGCCUUGAAAUGUGUAUAUUAUUAUGUAUAUAUGUAGUAAUUGCAUUUAGAAGUAUUAAUCAUGUUACAAUAUUUACUCUUUAACUAACUGGACAUUCUUACCCUUCAUUUUAGAAUUCAUUAGACCUUUCAAUUUGGAAUCCUUGGCUGAUAUAUGGCCAUGUUAUGAAUGAAUCAGUCAAAUGUAUUCAUUUUGUGCUUGGAGAUGACAUUUAACUUUGAACUAUGUAUUUAUUCUUUCUGUUGAACAAUUACUAGUUCUGUUGCUGCCAGUGAUGUCACAAAUGCAUUCAUUUCAGGAAAGCAUUUGAGCGGAGAAUCCUGGAAUUGAUGUUUAUGAAGUCUGUUCUUCAACUAUUUCAUUGGCAAUGCUUUGGAAAAUAUUGGCGCCCUCUUUCAUGUUUUCAUUGUCUUAAUUCUUUUGUAUAUUGUUGUACAUUAUUUUUAUUGUAUAUAUGUAUCGAUAUAUGCAAUCAUUUAGCUUUUGAUUAUAAUUUAUGCAAAUAAUACAUAGAGUUACUUCUUUUUCUGUCAGGUUUUAUUCAAGUUUCUUUUUAUCUUAUGCAUAUUUAAAUGAUAUUGAAAAUUAAUGGGGUAAAUAAUGUUAGAAUUAUUAUAUUUUUUCUGGAAUUUUCAAUUAUUUGGACUAUAUUGCUCAUAUAUAUUUACUUAAUGCAUACUGAUUAGCAGUGAAUGUUCUCUAGGCCACUACAAUCACUGACAUCGGUGUGGCUUAAUGAACAUUUUGUUUAAGUAUUAGAAAAAUAAAUAGAAAUGUUUGAAGUAUAUCUAGAUAAAAAAUAUUUCCUAUUUAGUGUAAAUGGGUAUAUAAAAUGAGUAAAAGGCACAAUUCUGCCUGAAACAGUUAACACAACAACGUCUUAUGUAAACAAUGCAUGCGCUAUAGACGAUGGAUGCCCUGUGAUGCAAAGUCACCUGUAGAGGGCAUACUUGAACUUGUAAAGGUCAGUCAUCUAAUACAGAAGUAUAAGAAGGGUUUCACAAUACCUAUGUAAACAGAUUGGGUUUAAUGCCCUACUGUUUAAACAUAAUGUAACAUCAAUAAGAUCAAUUUAAUGCAUCUAGAUAAACAGAAUGUGACAUCAAUAAGAUCAAGUUAAUGCAUCUAGAUACGCUGUAUUCAUGAACUGUUUUGUAUACAGUAUUCGUAUGAUCUUAUCCAUGUUUAAUUAGUUGCACAAUGUUGAUUUCAUUACUUAUAGUUUGAUACUUGAAACAAACUGUCAUAGAUAUUAUAAGGCCUAGCUCUCAGUACUGCUGGAAUUUCAAACCAGUAGAAUUCGAGUUGGGAUAUUUGGCACUGAUUUUAGUUAACUAGAUUAUAUAUUAUUAAAUGUAUUAGGGCAAACAUGUUUUAAUUAUUGUUUCUUUAUAAGAACAAUUAGUACAGGUAAGGUGAACAUUUAGUCUUUAGGCUUUAUCUUCUUCUGUCUAGUUCUCAAUUAAAGGUGUGUUUUCUUAUGGUUAACGAGAUUGUGAUUUUUCACCAGGGCUAUACUUGGUCCCAUCUGUAGAUGUACCAUAUAUUUGUCCUGAAAUAAGCUAGUUUUAGUUGACUGGACGAUAAAGCUCAAUUGUCUCUCUGUCCCUAACUGGUAGUUAACAUUUACAGUACACAAACAAAAAAGACACUAACACAAUUUGUGCCAGUAAAUGGGGAUAGAUAAUCCUUAGCAGUGAAGAAAUAGAGGAUUUGUUGGGUAACAUCUAAGCUAUAGACUACAACAUUAAUCACCUAUUACUAUUAUUAUACUUGUAAUGGUUAUUUUUAGAAUUGAAAUACUAGCAGAAUAGGAUUUCCAAACCAUUACUUGUAAGGUUGAUUUCUGCAACAAAUAUGUUUUGUCUUUGUAGUUGAAUUCAACCUUAGUGUCCAUGAUGGUGGUGUAAAUAGGAGAUGGAACACAGUCCUUUUGUUUGUUUUUUUUGUUUUUUUUCUCGUAAUUCUAAAUUUUAAGAUAUCUCAGUAAAUGUAAAUGUAUACCCCUAGCCUUCUAAAAUCUAGCUCAAUUUUCUUUUUAUCAUAUAAUUGUUGUAAAGGAUAUAAUUUAUGUAUUGAUCUGUUUCUGUCAAAUGUCAUGAUAUUCUGUCUACAAUGUAACUUUGGAAUAUUUUUUUAUUUGAUAUAAAAUAUUUAUAAACCA